UGUUUGUUUUUAAAAUCCUGAUAGACCUGUGCUGCUAAGGUCCAAUGUGGAAACUGGGUUGUUUUGUUUUGGAAUCGUGUUAGUCCCAGGGACAAACACGAUGUUGUUUGCAAACAAAAACGAAACCAAGAUUGGUCUUUUGCUUCAAAACUUCAAUUUUAGCUGAAAAUUUUAAAAAUCGGGCAUUUCUAGUCAAUUUCUUCCCCUCAAGACUUGUGUCAUCAAGAUUCUAUUGAUGUUGCAGCUCAAAUGAUGCUGGACGCUUCACUAGCCACCGUUUAUGAGUUUAUGACGAGAAGGAAGAAGCCUCGGAAUGGCAACCGGGGCGCCCUGCUGUACGACAAGGACGACGACAAGCUAAACGAAAUGCUGGAUCACAAGCUGGCCGAAGAUCGUACCCGGAAGCAUCGUGAAAAGGACGCCAAGGAGGAACGCGAGCAACGUCGGCGACCAAGUUCAAGAACUUUUUCUUUGACGAACCGGAAACUUCGUCGGAGAAGAAGAGCUCUGCCAGUCGGGACAGAACAUCCGACAUCAAGAAGCCAAAGUUGGACAAGGAUCAAGAUCAGGAAGAAGAUGAAGAGCGGAAGCGAAAGCCGGUGACGUACAAGUCAAUAAACGAUUUGUUUGAAAUGGUGGUGCUCGUGAUUAGCGGUACUCAAAAUCCGGAACAGGCCAACCUACACAGAAUAAAAUAUGUAAAUUUACACAGCACGUAAUUACUGUUUCUUAUGUAAACUCACUCAAUGUAAUGUUGAAAUAUGAUGGAAAGAGUAAAAAGUCAUGGAAAUUACUCCAAUGUAAAUCUAAA